AUGGUGAUCCUAUGCAGCGCGAAUCCAACGACAACUCGAGAAAUUGCAACUACUCACGAGAAACGUUCAUUAUUCCGCGAUGUAAUAGAUUCUCUAAGAAUCCAUACUCAGCUACCUAAAGAAAUUAAUAUAAACGAUGAAAAUGAUUUGUCACAAAAUUACGAUAGAUAUGGAUUUAAGGACGAAUAUCUACCAAGUGACUCGGAAUUCGUUCCAAGAAGAAAUGAUCGAAUCGAAAUGCCAUCUCUAAAAUACCGGUUUCCAAAAAGCUUGGAUCUAAAUGCCAAUGAUAAAAUUCCAGUCAAGGAAGUAGUGGUACAUAUAGAUGCUGACGCAACUAAACAGACAACACAAAAACCUAAAAAGGACAGAAUAAAUCAGAGACCUACUAUAAAUAAAGUCAAGCUACCGAACAGAAUCAAACAAAAUGAAGAAGAAGUUGGUAAUACUGAUACCGAUACUGAUGAUAACUUUCAUUUUAGUAACUUCAUGAAUGGACAAAGUCAAAUCGGUCAUAGAGAGACACAAACAGUAUUGAAGCCGACAGUUAUAGUUAAUAUUAGAGGAUCAGUAAAUCAUAGAGACAGUGAUAUCAGACUUGAAGCUAGAGACGAAGGCAAUAGUAGUGUACCAUGGCAGAAUAUAUUUAACAUAAAUCAAGAAGUGAAAAUCGGUAAGGAAGUCGAUAGAAGAAAAAAUCCUGUACAGCAAGAAAUAAAAACGGUAGAAGAAAAAGAUUCUCCUAAACCCAAAGAGCACAUGAUGAUGUGUGAGACAGCAUCAUCUAAAUUUGAUAAUGGAAAUCGUAAAUUUGAUAAUGCUUUACAAAUACUUUUUACUGUUUAG